CGCGUUCACAUCGCAGAGGUUGCAGUUCACACACAGCAGAAAAGUGCUUCAUACAUCACAGACAUGGCCGCCAACAGCCACUACAACUACUCCACCGAGAACAUGAACAUGUACAACAUGUACCACCACCACCACAGCCUGCCUCCCACCUACUACGACAACGCCUCCGGCAACGGCUACUACCAGGCCAGCUCCAGCUACCAGAGCUACCAGGGCUACUACCCCCAGGAGAACUACUCGGACAACUGCUACUACUACGGCCAGCAGGAACAGGUGCCCCAAGUGCCCGAGGUGCCCCAGGUAACCCAGCAGCCCGCCACCCCCCCGCCCAAGGCCGCCAAGCGCAAGGCCGAAGAAGAUGCCGCCUCCAUCAUUGCCGCCGUCGAGGAGCGCCCCAGCACUCUGCGGGCCCUGCUCAUGAAUCCCGUGAAGAAACUGAAGUACACCCCCGACUACUUCUACACAACUGUGGAGCAGGUGAAGAAGACGUCCACACCCGCCACCAAAGCCUCCGCCGCCGCUAGCCCCGCCCCCAGCUACGAUCAAGAGUACGUGGCAGCCCCCACGCCCAGCACCUCAGAGGACGUCGACUAUUUGGAUGUCUACUCGCCCCAGUCCGCACAGUCCCAGUCGCUGAAGCUGAAGAAUGGCGACUUUGCCACCCCGCCACCAACCACGCCCACCUCCCUGCCGCCCGUCGAAGGACUGAGCACACCACCCCAGUCGCCGGGGGAGAAGUCCUCGUCUGCCUCGUCAGCUGUCAGCCAGGAGAUCAAUCAUCGAAUUGUGACAGGCCCGAGCAACGCAAACGAUUUCAAUUGGUCGCACAUCGAGGAAACCUUGGCAUCAGAUGGCAAAGACUCGAAACGAACCCGUCAGACCUACACCCGCUACCAGACCUUGGAGCUGGAGAAGGAGUUCCACUUCAACCGAUACAUCACCCGGCGUCGUCGCAUCGACAUCGCCAAUGCCUUGAGCCUGAGUGAGCGACAGAUCAAGAUCUGGUUCCAGAACCGACGCAUGAAGUCCAAGAAGGACCGCACCCUCGAGGGCUCCCCGGAGCACUGCGGUGCGGGCUAUGCGGCGUUGCUGCCACCACUGGAGGCCACAGCACCGUACCACCACGGCGGUAACACCAACAACAUCAGCACCGCCGUUUCCGCCUCCGCCAACGCCACAGCCGCCUAUCCCGCUUACAACCACAGCCACAGCAGUCAUGGUUACGGUCUGCUCAAUGAUUACCCACAGCAGCAGAUUGCCCACCAGCAGUACGAUCCCUACCCGCAGCAGUACCACCAACAGCAGUGCAGCUACCAGCAGCAGCACCACCAGCACCAGCAGGAGCUGUACCCUCUGCCCUAGGUCCUUUGAGUCGCUAGCCAAGGAUCGAAACUCGGCCACAAGAAGCCAACGCACUUCUCUCGGCCAUUUGCCGGUGACACGCAAAUGCCAAAAGCCGAGGAGGAAGCUGCAAGGAUGCGCUGAGUCGCACAGUUGAGCCGCACUCCCUACGGUGCCCAGGACGCUCGGGCACCGCAGGACGAGUGCGCGACAGAGUGCGCAAGUGCCGCGCACAAGAAACUCAUAGAGAGAGUAGGAGGGCAAGAGGGAGAGAGAAGGACUCCUUGCUGCGAGCGGAACCCAGUGGCUGGCCAUGAUGGGUUCUCAGCGAUCGAUUAGCUGCGGCCACAAACUGGAAAAACACAAGCCAAAACACUAUUAUGGCCAAAAAGACUUGGAGACUGACACACAUAAUCGUUUUUGU